GGGAGUGUGAGGAGCGCCAGACUCCUGGACAGAGUGGGGUCAAUUUUCCCCUUAGUCACUGUCCUCUCCCCUCCCAAAUGGCCUCCCAUCUCGCUGGCUGGGGUGAUUCGGGGGUGACUCAGGGACAUCCUACACACCCCUGGAUUCUCUGGAAAUGGCAAGGGGUGGUGUGCUGUAUACCCCGGCCACCAGCACCCAUGGGAGGGGGGAAGGUUGUAGCAGACCCAGCGCUUGGGGUGGGGGUGGGGGCUGUUUCCCUAGCAUGGCCGAGGAGAGAGGGGUGCUGGGGUCCGUGGAGGAUCUAGAGGCGUGAGAGCCAGAGCUGCCGGGCACCUCUCCUGCCUGUACCCCCUCCCCGGCUGAGCCCUGCAGCCUGGCCCCAGGCCAAGAGCCGGCUCAGCAGGUCCCAGGGGUGUGGUGGCUACCAGCAGUGGAGCCAGCCUACGCUGGCCAGGCAAUCAGCAGAGGCAGCACAGUCCAUCAGGAGCAGCCGAGUGUGUGGCAGCGGGAGCCCAGAGAGGCAGCGUGACCAUGAGCUCUCUGCUGUCCUACGCCCUGCCCGCCCUGGGCAGCUAUGCCAUGCUGUCCAUCUUCUUCCUGCGCCGGCCUCGCCUGCUGCACACACCCUGGGCUCCAGUCUUCCUGCCACGCCUGGGGGCCCACCGAGCAGGAUCUGGAGAACUACUGGAGAACACCAUGGAGGCCAUGGAGAACUCCCUGGCCCAGCGAUCAGACUUCCUGGAACUUGACUGCCAGUUGACACGAGAUGGCGUGGUGGUGGUAUCUCACGACCAGAACCUGUCCCGCCAGUCAGGCGUGAACAGGGACGUGAGCAGCCUGGACUUUGAGGAGCUGCCCCUCUACAAGGAGGAGCUGGAGGUCUACUUCUCACCAGGUCGCUUUGCACACGGGUCGGACCGGCACAUGGUGAGUCUGGAGGACGUGUUCCAGAGGUUCCCUCGGAUGCCCAUGAGCGUGGAGAUCAAAGAGGAAAACGAAGAGCUCAUUAACAAGAUAGCAGGCCUGGUGAGGCACUUUGACCGAAAUGAAAUCACCGUCUGGGCCACGGAGAAGAGCUCGGUCAUGAAGAAGUGCAGGGCUGCUAACCCCGAGAUGCCGUUCUCCUUCACCAUCGGCCGAGCUAUCUGGUUGUUACUGCUCUAUUACCUGGGGUUGCUGCCCUUUGCAUCCAUCCCGGAGAGGUUUUUCUUCUGCUUCCUGCCCACCAUCAUCAAUAGGACCUACUUCCCAUUUUCCUGCUCUGGGCUGAACCAGCUGGCAGCUGUGAUUUCCAAAUGGUUAAUCAUGAGGAGAAGUCUGAUCCACCACCUGGAGCAGCGAGGAGUGCAGUUUGCAAAAAAAUCCGGACUAACAAUCCACUCCAGCAUCCCACUGCCGGGAGGUCUCCGCAGAGGAGGAGAGCUCCCACCAUCUGGAUUCAAGGGGAAACUCCAGGUAAAGUUGUUUGAAACUAUGAGCCCCUCCCUCCCCACGCAGGUGGUCUUUUGGUGCCUUAAUGAAGAGUCGGAUUUUGAAGUGGCCUAUGGCCUGGGGGCCAGUGGCGUCAUGACAGAUUAUCCCACAGCCCUGAGGCACUACCUGGACAACCAUGGAGGAGCUGCCCAGGCGUCCUAACAGCCCGGAGGCCCUCACCCUCUCCUCUAUUUCUCUUCUUCAAUAAAUAUUUUCUUUUCA